AUGGAAUAUCCAAAGCGAUCACAAAGUAGCUAUUUUAAUGAUUGUAAUGACAUUCAAAGAAAAAGAUUAAACAUGAUAACAACCGAUUCAAACAAUUCAUUGACGAAGUCUAUAAUUCAUUUUGAAGAUCUUUCAAAUGAAAUCAUCUAUGAAAUAUUUGGUUUUCUUGAUUUUCGACAUACAUACGAUGCAUUCUCUAAUCUUAAUAAGCGUUUUCAAAAUUUUCUAACAAAUUUAACUCUUCCUAUUAAUAUUGAUAUGCCAUCCAUGUCUAAAUCAGAUUUUCAAAAGUAUUACAAACAAAUUAUUAUACCUCAUACUCAUCGAAUUAAAUCAAUCCAUCUAUCGAAUCCAUUUUCUAUUGAUGUAUUUCUCACACACAACUGUAUUAUAUCAAAAUUAAUUCGACUUAAAACUCUUAUUUUAUAUGAUAUUCAAUCAAUUGAUUUUCAAAAUCUUUUCAUUUAUUUAAUCUCUUUACCAUAUCUAUCUUCAUUGGUAAUCUCUAAUAUAGAUGAAGGAAGAGUUACAAAAAGUUUAUACCAUGAAAUAUUUCGUUUACCGAUGUUAAAAUAUUGUAAAAUAUCGUUCAACAAUUAUCUUCUAAUGGAAUCACCAUGA